AUAAGUGAGCUAAUCUUCCCCAAAGUGCUGUUUCUAGUAGCCAGAGCUGGCCGCUAGUAUAUUAAGAACAAUUAAGAAAUAGUUUGGAGCCUUACUGGCUGCUAAAAAAGGAUCAUCCCAAGGCCUCACCCAGAUAUCUUUGCUAUUUCGAGCUCCACCCUCAUUCUUCUCACUGCCGCCGUCAUUCUGGGGUAUCGUUUCACUGAAUAAUUCUAGCGGCGAGAUAAGCCCUCUUAUGGUAACCGGCCAGAUCACCGCACUCCUCUUCACUCAACCACACCCUAUACAACCAGAAGAUCAUAACAGCACUUCUAUCCUUCGGAGCGAUGUAAGGAUUCCUCCUCAUCCCGUCCAGACUGGGAGGAAGGAGGAGAGCUACUGGGGAGGGAGGAGGGGUGGGAGGAGGAGGAGGUCGGGAGGAAAUCGGGUUAUUAGUUUGGCUGACCUCAUGAGGAGGUAA